GGGACAAGUUGAAGGGGUCACCAGACAAAGUUUUGGUAAUGAAAAGGAUGUGAGUGUCACAAGUCUACGACGACGACGACGACGGCUGAGAUGGCGGUUUGCCUUUCAUUAUAAGUUUUAUCUUGUUUUUGACGCUACAGAGGUUUGGCUGGCAGCCAUCACAUGCUCCUUCCUCCAGUGAUCUUCCUUUCUCAGGAUUGCGCACUCAGACAUCAACAUUUCGCAAGCAAGGAGGAAGCUCGAUAUCCCAUGUCCCCGGGAGAAGCUAAAUUUCGAGAUGUCGACCUGGCUUUCGGGUUUUCUGUACCCAAAUAUCACCGCUUUCGGACCCCAGGGAUUUACGAUCUAGGCUUCUCGCAGGUCAUCGUCACACUAAGUCUUUGAUCUUGCUCUUAGAGCCUCGUCAUUGGUGAGUGUUUCCUCACCAGAUGCAGGUCAGUAUUGUGCAAUCAGUCCAACGGAUGAUAACAUCUCAUCAAUGCUCCCUUCCAAACUAAGUCGGGAACAAGAGCUUUCUCGCGGCAACCCGCUUUGGGACCGAUCCAGACCAGAACCGGUUCAUGCGCUAUUCACAUCUUGACACCCCAAGGCCUCUUAUACAGGGGAUCUCUUCAUCACCAACAUUAUAGCUUAUUGCGCCUUUCAUGCAUCCCGAAACCGCAACCACAACCCACGACAACACCGACCGAUCGUCCAACUCCACAUUUCCCCGCGCCAAGCCCAUCAUUUCGUGAUGAGAUGGGUUGCGACUCACAUGGCGUCAUCUGGUCGCAAUAUUGUGAGAACCGACCGACGGCAGCUCGAGACCCGAAAAGCGACUUCGCACACAAGAUGAUGAUCAAACAAAUUCAGAAGUGAUGUGGUGCAACUACAAGACGCCAGCUAUGUGUACGCCAGUUGAGCUGAGAGGGGGAAUAUCGAGCCUCGCCCUUUUAGCCAAGACCCUUUCCCUUUUCAAGCAGAUUUUUCUAGCCCCUGAGCUGCACUUCUCAAAGAACAAAUAUCAUGAAACAUAUCGAUCUUAGCUUCCCAAAGCAAAGCAUAUAGAUACUAAUGCCAAGCACGCCCAAACAGAUACCAUGGUCGACGCCAGCACACUCAACAGCGACCCUGACCGGCUCCUCUUUGCCUACUGGGUACCCAACGUCUCCGGCGGUCUUGUCGUCUCCAAGAUUCCCCAGAACACGGGCUGGGAUCUCAAGUCCAACGUCCGCUAUGCCCGUACCGCCGAGUCCGUCGGCUUCGAGUACGCUCUCACUCAGAUCCGCUUCACUGCCUCAUACAGUGCCGCGUCCCAGCACGAGUCUGUCUCGUUCUCACAAGCUCUCCUUCACCACACCGAGAAGCUGAAGGUCAUUGCCGCUAUCCUUCCCGGUCCCUGGAAUCCUGCUGUCGUCGCCAAGCAAGUGGCUAGCAUUGACAACUACACCGAUGGACGUAUUGCUGUGAACAUUGUUUCAGGAUGGAAUAAGAGCGAGUUUCAUGCUAUCGGUGAAUGGUGGCUCGACCACGCCGAGCGCUACCGCCGCUCCUACGAGUUCAUAAAGUGUCUACGUGGCAUCUGGACUGCCCCGGAAGACGAGGGCUUCACCUUCGCCGGCGAUUUCUAUCGGUUCCGCAACUACAAGCUCAGCCCCAAGCCCAUCGCCAGCCCGCACCCCGAGAUCUUUCAGGGCGGCAACUCGGAUGACGCCAAGAAUAACGGCGCUGAGGUUUCCGACUGGUAUUUUAUGAACGGCAUGGACCUUGAGGGUUUCCGGGCGCAGGUCGCAGACGUAAAGGAGCGCGCCAAGAAGUUCGGCCGCGAGAAUGUUGUCAAGUUCGCCGUCAAUGCCUUCGUCAUUGUCCGCGACACCGAGGAGGAGGCUAUCCGCACUCUUCAAGAAAUCCAGGGCAAAGCCGACGUCGAGGCUGUGGAGGCCUUCAAGAAGGAGGUCCAGAACGCGGGAGCCAGCGCAAGCAACAAGCAGGGCAUGUGGGCGACUAGCACGUUCAAGGACCUGGUGCAGUACAAUGAUGGGUUCAAGACUAAGCUGAUCGGCACCAAGGAGCAGGUGGCUGAGCGAAUCGUUUUGCUCAAGAGCUUGGGCGUCAACCUGGUGUUGACUGGCUUCCUUAACUAUGAGGAGGAGGUCGAGGCAUUUGGCAAAAAUGUUAUACCCCUUGUGAGAGAGCUUGAGAAGCAAGGGAGGGGAAAGGACGAGGCGUUUGAGAUUGAGAGGACUGGCGAUGUUUAUAGGAAGUAAAGAGUGGGGGGAUAUGGUCGGACCAUCAAGGGACCACGUCGUGUCACAACGGUGAUCCCGCCUCUUUACAUGACAAGAAUGACAGGAAAGGGAUAAACACUGCGAUCCAGCACUGUGCAAGUGCAAAACUAAAUGGGAUGGAGUUGCAAAACAUCAGAGCAUGCAAGAAAAAACAUGCAGGUUCAAUAGGUAGGCAGUGACGGCAGGUACAGUCAUCUUAUCGAUAAAGAAAUGUUUAUCGAUAAGAUACGUAUGAGGUAGAGGUAAUUGAUCUAAUAAAGGAG